CUGCCUUGCAUCUAGCAUUCCCCGUCAGUGUCUCCAAUCGUUGGGCUUGACUUUCGAGGCGCCUGGCUGUCCCCGCUGGCAGCUGCCCAACCGACCUGUCUUUUCUCCCUCACUGUGUGUGCUAUAUGAACAGGAUCAGCCUUCCCUCGCUUCCCAAUCCUCCAUCAUCCCUUCGCACCACAUUUACUCCUUCAUGAAUAAGACCAUGUCAAAGACUGAGACCAUGCCAAAGACUCAGAACAUGUCAAAGACUCAGAACUUGCCAAAGACUCAGAACACGCCAAACUCACCUGUUUCAGACUCGGAGGGCGAAGAAUACAUCAACCUCUGUCCUCAUGACGAAAAUCCUGCCGUUGGUGCUGGGAGCCUUGUCACUGAUGUCAUGUACCUCUCUGGGUGUACGGGCCAUGACAAGCCUACUGAUGGGACCGUCAUCGCCAGUUUGAUGGUCCCAGGCCCACUCGCCUCCGGCCCUCGCAAAUGCAAGCUGGGAGGAGACUACUUCGGAGUGGACUCGGAAUAUCUCUUCGUCUACUACAAUGAGACACCUCAUCUCUGCUUCGGCUCGGAGCGUGCCGAGACAGCUUUUCUGGCCAGUGCACAUGAACGCGGCGUGAUCCUCACGCCGGCCAGUGCGUACCCUUUGUCCAUGGCACUGUCCUUUUGUCCGGCGCCGACCUUCCGCUCAUCUCUUCCCGCCGGGGAUUUCAAGUGCCUGAUGGAGUAUGUCAAAAAGGCCCACUCGAAUGAAGUGUCCGGCCAACUGAACGUUCGAGGCGAUCCAUCAUCUGCAUGGGCUGAAAUUAUGGCGCUCCACCUCCACAAGCGUAUCAUGGACCCAGAACUAUCACAAGUCUCAGUCAUGAUCGAUGAAUUGGGGAAACCCUCAAAGGCCGGCAUCACCCAUGUUUCUGGGCAGAUCACUGAUGCUUUCGCGAAGAAAGGCACCACUUAUGUUACGGUUUCAUUCGGUGUUUGUGCGCGUUUGCACCAGGAGCGGUUUGCAGUUGAUUUUGAGAUUGCGGACCUCAAUCUUUGGGGUGUCUACUUCUACAAAGAUGAUGAUGUGAUGGAUGUUGGGAAGAUUCUCAAUGUCCCCGAGGCAAAGACAGCCAAAUUUGAGCUGCAGGAGUUCUUGCGAGCGCAGCCCUGGGGAUUGACUGACUAGGAAUACGUACAUCCAGCAUCAGACAGUAUUGCAGCUGACCAUGACUACAUGGUGUAGGAAAUGUCACUCAUUUGAUUUGGC